CCAAACACGGCGCCCGAGACAAUGGCAGGACACCAAGCUCAUCGAUCCAACCACGCUACUGUGUUCAAAAGUGCUCGCCAUGGAUCCGUGUCGCUCGCAGACCCUUAUCACUGGAUGACGGAUGUGACCAGUCCAGAGACUCAGGCGUUCAUCGAGGCAGAAAGCGAGGCGACAACUGAGUACUUGGAUGAUCCCAAGCUAGAAGCAACCAGACGUCGCCUCCAACAAAAGUUGCUCUCAAUGUGGGAGCUUUCUGCUGUCAGGGAGCUACCGAAGCGGCUUCCCAAUGGUGACUACAUCGUCCGGGUGGCAGGGCGAGCGAGCGAGCACCCGCGGUCAUAUCAGACUAACACGGACGCCAUCGUCAAUUGCAAGACUCCAGAGCACGACCCUGCCAUCUUCUUCGACGAGCUGUCCGGUGGUGGCGCGAUCAUGGCGUCUUCGCUGAGCAAAACCAGCAGGUAUUGGGCUUUCUUGACCAGCACCGACGGCUCGGAUUGGGGCGUCGUUCGUUUCAAGGAUGUCAACUCGGGCAACAUCCUCGAAGAUGAGCUUGUUGACGUCAAAUUGGCACACAAGCCGAGCUCGAUAAUCAACUGGCUGGGUGACCAGGGGGUUUUCUACCUGCACUGUCCUCGAGAUUUCGCAGAAGACGACGGCACACCAGUGCCGCCAACACUGCGAUUCCAUCGCAUCGGAGCGAAGCAAGGGGCCGAUGAAGCUGUCUAUCGAGACCCCAGCCAGCCACUUCAGACCUUCAAGGCCGAGGUCUCUCUCGAUGGAGAGUACGUAUUUCUCGACAUCUACGACAAAAGCAGAUCCGGAACUGUGUCGGCAGCCCCUGUCAAUGGCGCCACAGAGCCCUCGGACAAGCUCAAUCUGCAGUUCAGCACAAGAGUAUCGUGUGGUGUAGAAGCCGAAUGGGAUUAUAUCGGGAUUCAACAGGACGACCAGGGUUCUGGGGCGGCCCACAUCUUCUGGACUUCCCAGGACAAUGGGAAAGUCAUGAGCUAUACUCCAGAAACGGCAGAGCUCAAGCCGCUCGUCCCGUCGAGUCCGGAACUGACCAUGGUCACGGCCAAGGUCAUCCACGAGGGCUAUAUCGCCGUGGUGUACUCGGUGGAUGUCCAGCACCAAAUCCGAGUACUCUCCCCGACGGGAGAACCCGUACAGACCCUCGACCGCCUGCCAUUCUCGACGAUCGUCGACCUCAGUUACGAUGCCGACGCAGCCGCCGUCUUUGUCCUGGACAGCUCAUUCUGUCGUCCUCCGCAGCUCUGGAGCGCCAGGGUCAUUUCCGACCCUCCGGGAUCCCGCCCCGAGAUUGCAGACUUCCGAAACGCCCAGUUGUUCCCACACGCUCGCGACGAGGACGGCCUGACGCCCUCCUUGCAGACGAGACAAGUCUUCUACGAGUCGGCCGACAGGACCAAGAUCCCGAUGUUUCUCACGUCGCGUGAGCCGGACGUCAAUCCCGACUCCGCCGCGGCAGCGCCUGUCCUUCUCUACAUCUACGGCGGGUUCGGGCUCUCGGUGAUCCCGCACUUUCGCCCCGACUUCUCCAUGUUCAUGGACGUGGUCGGCGGGACGCUCGCCGUAGCCAACGUGCGCGGCGGUGGAGAGUACGGGCACGCAUGGUACGCGGCGGCUUGCGGGGGGAAGCGACAACGUCUGUUCGACGACGUCCACGCCGCGGCACGGUACCUGAGGGACGUGGUCGGGGCGCGGAAGGUCGUCCUCAUGGGCGAGAGCAUGGGCGGCCUGAACGCGGCGGCGGCCAUGGUCCAGCGGCCGCAGCUGUUCGACGCCGUCAUCCUCAACGCGGGCGUCCUGGACGUGCUGCGCCGGGGCGAGCUGGGCCUCGGCCUCUACGGCGUCGUCGACGUCGGCGACGAGAAGGUCCCCGACGACUUCGACGCCAUGUACGAGUGGGCGCCGCUCGAGCGCCUGAGGCCCGGGACGCGCUAUCCGCCGGUCCUCUUGACGUCGGGAUCCGCCGACAAACUGGUCAGCUGUGCGCACAGUUGCAAGUUCACCGCUGCCAUGAAGCAUGUUGCGUCCUUGGGCCCUGGUGCGGCUGGCCGGGAGGAGGACCGUGACCGGGCGGUCGAGAGUACACAGUCGGUCGUGCAUCUGAGAAUCAUCCAGGACCUCGGGCACGGGGGCAACGUCCCGACAAAAGUGAAGGCGCUGAUGGGCUUGGAGAGGUGGCUGUGGGUUUGCAAAGUACUGGCCGUUGAAGUCGUCUAGUCGUAAUGGGGAAACCAUGCUGGCAUACUCGGUAUAAAGUCGGACUAUAGAUCGUAGCGGACAGAUGAAUCAAGAUCAAUGGG